ACUCCUCUCUCACACUCACAUACUCUGCCUUGCCUCUGAUACUCACGACUCACGCUCUCAAGUCUCACUCUCACGAAUCAAUUCACGCUCACCAACCAGUCAGUCACCACGCCCAGACGACGCCCUCACCCUCUCCGCCUCUCGCACCCUCAUCACGGCACGGCGACACCACCACCGACCACCACCACGCCACGCCUCGCCUUCCCUUCCCUUCGUAUGCAGGGAGGUGAUUGUGGUGGUGAUGGUGGUGGCUUCUGGCGGUAUGUAGUGGUAGUGACGAUGACAAUGACAAUGGUGGCGGCGGUGGAAUGUGGUGAUGAUGGUGGUGGCAGCGGUAGCAGUGGUGAUAGCGAUGGCGACAUCGACAUUUGGGGGUGGAAGCAAUCGUAGUGAUGACACGUGUCCUCUUUCGGGCCGGAACAUUCAUAUCAUGGUGGGGUUAACUCUUCCAACGGGGUGUUUCAAACACAAGACUCGAGCCCCGAAACCUUACUUAAGGAGAAUCAAACAUAGUUGCUAACUCCUCAGUCCUCACACAUUUGAGAAAACGCUGCGUUUCGAAAAUUGCAGUGCUAAUCCUUCUUCGCCCAUCGGCGAUCGAUCUGAUCGGAGACUCUUCUCCGGAGCGGUUAAACUGAGAAACCCAAAAUGAUAAGGGCAGUGCUGGUUCUGAACACGCAGGGGAAGCCUCGUCUCUCCAAAUUCUAUGAAUAUCAGCCAGUGGAGAAGCAGCAGCAACUUAUUCGCAAUGUCUUUGCUGUCUUAUGCAGUAGACCUGAACAUGUCAGCAAUUUUGUGGAUGCCGAGUCCUUCUUUGGCCCGGAUGCUCGCCUUGUCUACAAGCACUUUGCAACUUUGUACUUUGUGUUUAUUUUUGAUAGUUCUGAAAACGAGCUUGCCAUGCUUGACUUGAUACAAGUCUUAGUUGAAACGCUGGACAAAUGCUUCAGAAAUGUUUGUGAGCUUGAUGUCGUGUUCAACUAUAGCAAGAUACAUACUAUACUAGAUGAGAUUAUUUUCGGAGGCCAGGUGUUGGAGACAAGUUCAACUGAAGUUUUGAAGGCUAUUGAAGAAAUAUCAAAGCUUGAAGCAGCAUCCAAUACCAUGAAUCUUGUUUCAAAAUCUGUUUCAAAUUGGAGGUCCCGGUAGUCUAAUUUCAUGCGGAAGGAUCUGCUCUCCCACAUGCGAGGGGUUUGAGAUGUGAAAUGAAGUGUCUUUGAUGAGGGAACUGGGAAGUCAGUUAGAUGCAUUUUUCUUCUGAUGUAGGUGCUUCUUAUUGAAGCAUUGAAGCAAUGAAUGACACCCCGAAUAAGAUUUCAUUUAACGUAGGGGCUUCAAGAAACAAUUUUCAACUUCUCUGACCACACAUUGUUCCCAACAGAUACCAAUUUUGGUCAAUCAAUUUGAUUGCAUUGACUUGAAAUGUUUACAUUGUAUAAAUACAUUCUUACACAUUGUAAUUAACUUAUGAGCUUUUAUCCUGUACCAAACAGGAACUGCUAGAAUCAAUGCAUUGACCAAUUGCUAGAUUGUCAAGGAAUUACAAGUUCUAGUUUUCUGAAA